GUAUUUUAUUAAGUUAAAUAAAAUUCUGCAAGAGUAGUGAUACACUUCCCUACAAGUCUUUGUUUAGGGUUGCCUGGAUUGCCAGCAUGGAGGGUAAAAGCUAUAGGACGAAAAAAUUCAAAUUUUUAUAUUUGCGGAUGCAGACUUGCAGAGUAAUAUUUUAAGACAGUAGUUUUUUUUUUUCCCUGAGCAAUUACUCCUCUCUCCUCCAUCUUUCUCCUUUUUCUCUUCUAUCUCCUAGCAUUUACCACCAGCCCAACCUCAACCUUCCGCCGCCACCCAUUGUCAAGGUUUCUUACCGACUACUGCCACCAUCUCCCUUCUACCGCCGUCCCUUCUUUCCACCAUCAUCUUUACUCCAUUUUUUUAAUAACAGGGUAGGUGCGCUAAAUUCAAUUCAGUAGCAGUCGAAAUUGACCAAUAAUUUCAGAUCGAUAACCUUCUCGCUCAAAUAUGAUCACAAAGGAAUUGUAUUAUACCUUCAUUGAAUAUUUUUAAUGAAUUAUUUCUUCUUUGGCCUCUCCUCAUUUUCAGAUCUGCUAUUUUAUUUUUGAUGAGCAGUGCAUAAAUGGUAGUUUGCAAGGUGGGAUUGGGUUUAUAAGGUGGUUGAUGGGGGUGUUCCGUUCAAUGGUGUAACUCUGUUUCAAGCUUGGCUUUCCAUGGAGUUUGAAGCGCAAGAAAGUUUUAUUGCUUUUACCUAGUAAAGAUGCCAAACUUUUAAACAAGUAAGGGCUUGUUUGGUUGCACAAAGAAAAAGGGAGAACUAGAAAAUUACGAGAAUUUGAAAAAAUAGAUGAGUUGUUUGGUUGACAAUAAAAAGUGUAAAUAUGAGAAUUGCAAAUUCACGGGAAUUGUGAUUUCUCACUAAACAUGGAAAAUUAAUUACCUGACCCCCUACGUAAGUCAAAAUUCCCAUGAUUUGGAAUUUCUGUCAUCUCAACCAAACAAGUUUAAUUUCUACGAAUUGGAUGUAGGUAUUUAAUUCCCAUAAAAUACAAAUUCCCACGAAAAGUAAAUUCCCAUAUCAAAUAAACACCAAAAUAUCACCCAAUAACAAAUCCUUCUGUAAUUUUUACCCCAUUGGUUUUUACUCUGUUAAUUACUUCUUGAAUUUAAUCCAAGCGGGCCCUUAUUAGUAAUCAUUCAUCGGUAAUUAUUGACUUCCCUACAUGUCUAUAUUUAUCUUUAACUUUUGGUCGUCUUAGUACUACAGUGCUUGCAAUUCUAUGUGCUUUCCACUUCAAUUCCAUGUUAUUUCCAUAACAAUACUGUACUACACACUUGACUUUUCCCUACUAUAUAAAUUAAUAUAUAAACUUUUCACAUUACACUUUGUUUCAAUUUAUAGUGCAAAAAGACCAUCAUCAAAAACAAAACAACAUGAAUGCCAUAAUACAAAAUACAGUAGAAGGAUUAUUAGCAAAUGAAGCUCAUGGAAUAAUUGGAAUGGUGUUGUCACGCAUCAAUGCGGAAAUCAAACUAGCUCGCGGUUUCAAGAAAGAGUUAGAGGUGGUUCAAGGGCAGCUCACUCGAUUAAUUGGGCUAUUACAUGGUGCUUCUUGCCAGUCGAUCACCAAUCCAUUGAUAGUCGAUUGGCUCAAAAAUAUAGAGGAUGCUGCUUACGAUGCAGACGACUUGAUUGACCAAUGGUCAUAUGAAGCUCUACAGGCUAAAAUUAUCUGUACUCGAAAGAGGGACAAGUUUAGACGUGGUGUCUCUAAGCCCUUUUCACGCUUACGUAUUGGUCACAAAGCGAGUGACUUAACAAGCUUGAUUAACAACAUCUAUGAUGAUGCUAAUAAGCUUGGCAUUAGACCUAUCAAAGUUGCUUCAAGAGAUGUGUGUGAAGAUCAAGAAACAAGCAAACUUCGUAACCAGCGACACUAUGUGGAUGAAAAGUUGCUCAUAGGAAGGGACGAAGACUUAACACGCCUUGUUAAGUUAAUAUGUGAUCCUAACAACAACAAUUCAUCCCCUCUCACCGUCAUAAGCAUAGUGGGAAUGGCAGGUUUGGGAAAGACGACAUUGUGUAAACGCAUUUCCAAGGAAAAAGAGGUGUUGGAAUUCUUCAACUCUGUAAUUAUUUGGCUUGUCAUCUCUCGGACGUAUGAUCUUCUAGAUUUUUUAAACAGAAUGGUGGAGAUACUAUGCAGAAAAAAUCCAUCCAUGAGAGAUAGACAAGCACUGAUAUCAGAGCUUCAUGAAAAGUUGAAGGAUAAAAGGUAUUUACUCAUAUUGGAUGAUGUAUGGGAUACAAUUCAUUGGGAAUCCUUGAAAUCCACUCUAGAGGAAAUUGGUGGAUCUUAUGGUACUACUGUACUAGUGACUUCUCGCAACAAAGAUGCAGUAGGAAAAAUGGUGAUGGAUUGUUGUGAUAGUAAAGGUAAACAUAACAUUAAAAGACCUUCUAUCUAUAUCUUGCAGGGAUUGAGUGAAUCUGACAGUUGGUCGCUAUUUUUGGCAAGAAUAAGUGAUGAUAGUCUAGUUGAUAGCGAAAAAGAAGCUAUUGCAAGAAGAAUGAUGAAGAAUUGUGGAGGCGUUCCUCUAGCCAUAAGAGCACUAGGGGACCUUCUAAGGGACCAAAGUCUGAAUAGAUGGAAGGAGAUUGAGAAAAGUCAUACAUGGACAAAAGUGGAUAGGAAUGAUAUUUUGCCUUCCUUGAGGUUAAGUUACGACUCCUUGCCAAGCAUGACUCUGAAAAAAUGCUUUGCUUAUUGUGCCAUAUUUGGAGAAGACGAGGUCAUUAACAAGAAUAAGUUGAUCUACAUGUGGAUGGCUCAGGGCUACUUGCAACCUUAUGAGGUAAUGGAGGAUAAAGGGGAAGAAUAUGUCGAGCAUCUGUUGAAUAGUUCUCUUUUCCAAGAAGCAGAAAUGGAUGAGUGUGGCAAAGUGAUGACAUUUAAGAUGCAUGAUCUAGUAUGGUCUCUUGCUCGAGUUGUUUCAAUAGGGGAGUGCUUGUGCUCAGAUGGAGAUGUAAGAUCAAAUGAGGUUCUACGACACCUAUUAGUUCCCAAGCAGUCUAAAAGUAGAGAGCUCACUCUCACCUCCUAUACAAAGUUGAGAACAUGUUUGCUUUUCAAGGAGUUUGAAAAUCCUCGCCUACAUUUUUGGUUAAAAUGUAGGCACUUAAGGGUGUUAAAUAUAGGUUGGAAUUGGAGCGAGGAUUUAGAUUGGGAGCCGUUGGGUAGCUUGAUACAUUUGAGGUACUUUGAAAUUGCUGUCGACAAUGGUUUGGGUGUCAUUCAGUCUAACCUUGCUGAACACAUCACCAAACUUUACCACUUGCAAACACUUUGUAUAAACAACUUACACAUUGAGAAAGAUCCAUGCAUGACUCAAUUUCCAAAACAAAUAGGUAAUUUGGUAAAUUUACGGCACAUCCUUGAUGAUGAUAUCAUUGGUAUACCUAUGGGGUUGGGUCUUUUAACUGCUUUACGAACUUUGCCUGCUAUCAAUUUAGAAAUGAAUUGGGGCGGGAAAUUAAGUGACCUUGGUUCAUUGACUAAUCUCAGAGGUACAUUGGAAAUCCACAAUCUAUGUUUUUUAGAUGGUGAAGAAGAAGCUCGUGAGCAAGUUCUAGACAACAAGUCAUAUCUUGACAGUUUAGUUCUGAGAUGGGGUUUUAGUAAAUGUCCGGCAGUUAAGGAUAAUCCCCACGCGAAUGAGAUCCUAGAAGCUCUGCAACCUAACGCGAACUUAAAAAUGCUUCAGAUUUGGAAUCAUGACGGUACUAGAUUUCCAAGAUGGUUGAUUGAAGAAGGAAGUUCCUCACUUUCCAACCUCGUCUCCUUGAAGAUUUAUAGAUGUACAGCCGAAGGGAAUCUAACAUUAGAGAGUUUCAGAUCUCUUCGUUUCUUACAAGUGGAAUACUGCAAGAAGCUGACUAUUACAUUACGAAACGAAGGAUUCCAAUGCUGCAAUUCGCUUGAACAGAUAGUAGUAGUUGGUUGUUAUCAAGUCGAAAAUCUUGGAGACUUUUCCUCUUUAACACAGCUUCAUUCUUUAACCUUAAAAAAUAGCCAACUAGUAGGGUUGGGAAGUCUUCCUUGUGUAAGGGAACUACACACUGAUGAAUUAGUACUACUUGCACACUUGGGCGAAGAUAGUCCUGUUUGCAAAUCCCUCGAAGUUUUAACAUUGGAGGGGUUCCACUUGUAUGACAAUGAUGAUACAACUGUUCUUCCUGAUCAGCUCAAAUAUUUGAGGGCACUCCAAUGCUUGAAAAUCGGACACUCCGAAUGCUUGGAAACAAUACCCGACUGGCUAGGGAAACUGACAUCUCUCAGAGAGCUGCAUCUUUCUGGCUUGCCUAAACUAAAGAAUCUGCCUUCCCUAGAAGCAAUUCGGCAUCUCUCGAAUUUAGAAACUUUAGAAAUGGCUGGUUGCCCUCUUCUGUUAGCAGAUGUUGAGAGUGAAAGUGGAGAGUGGCUUAAAAUUGCCCAUAUCCCUCCUUUCAUAUACUACUGAUGUAUAGUAAUGAUGAUUUUGUGAUUCAAUCUUUUGCCAACAAUACACAUUAUUGGUGGAUGUUUUUAUAUGUCUGGUGUUCUAAGUUUUAAUUUUGAAACUGUCCAAACAUAUUUCAGGCAAUUUGGUUUGGUGUUUGCUGUAUAUUUAUAUCUACAGCUCUGGUUUGGUGUUUACUGUAUAUUCACUCUGUCAAAAAAUCCAUUUUGUGUUUAUUAACCAGAAUUGUGUAAGGCCCUGUAAGCUACUGUCAAAAAAAAAAAAAAAAUUCACGAAUUGUGAAUCUAUGUAAUAAUGUCUUUUGUCUCGUAUGACAUGCCGAAUUUUGGGUUAACAAAUUGAGUUGGAUAAUUUGAAUAGUGAAAGUCAAGAU